AGAUUUUGUCUGAAACCGAGGCGAUGAUGUUUUUUCUGCUCAGAAAAGUCAAAAGCAUUAACCUGAAAAUCGACAAACCGCAUCUUGAAUCUUCCCUUCUGCCCUUGACCCGUCUCAGCUUAUACCUAUUAGGAUCGUGCUGUUGUUGUCGCUAUGGGUGGCAAAGCUUCUAAAAAAGAUAGAGCAAGAUCUGUAUUGGCAGAUCCCAUUGCACUUGCUUCUGAAACGAUUUUCACUGUCAGCGAAGUAGAAGCAUUGCUGGAUCUAUACAAGAAGUUAAGCUGCUCCAUCACCAAAGACGGGCUGAUCCAUAAGGAAGAACUCUUACUGGCACUUUUCAAGAACCAUAAGAAAGAAAACCUUUUCGCUGACAGGAUAUUUGCCCUUUUUGAUGCCAAGCAAAAUGGACAAAUUGAUUUUGAAGAAUUUGUACAAGCAUUGAGCAUUUUCCAUCCAAGGACUCCUGAAUCUGAGAAAAUUGCAUAUGCAUUUAAGUUAUAUGAUCUUGGGCACACUGGCUACAUCGAGCGCGAGGAGUUGAAGGAGAUGGUCUUAGCUCUUCUCGACGAAUCUGAUCUUCACCUUUCAGAUGAUGUUGUUGAAGCCAUUGUCGACAAGACAUUUAAAGAAACAGAUACAAAUGGUGAUGGCAGGAUCGACCAAGAGGAGUGGAGAGAAUAUGCAGCUAGAAAUCCAACGUUGUUAAGAAACAUGACUCUUCCAUAUUUAAUGGAUGUCAAUUUAGCAUUUCCGAGCUUUGUCCUAGGCACUGGCGCGGAGGACUAACUUUAAAGGCUAAUUGUGAUAUGAAAAAUUCUCUUCCUCUUAAAUGGUGCAUUAGCGUAUCGGAAACAUCUGUUCUAAUAUAGUUGCUGUAAUUUUAUAAUUUUAGAAAACAUGAUUUACCUAUAAGAGCCGUGGAAAUAGUCUCUUGCAAAAAUGCAGGGUAAGGCUGCGUACAAUAGACCCACAAUAUGACAAGUAUAUAUGGCAAUGCUUUAUA